AUGAGCUUGAAAUCUUCCUCUGCCUUCCGCUCGGAGCGCAGUUUCCACCAGAGCUCCUCGCCCACCCCCGCCCGGGAUCAGCACAUGGAGAAAGCCCGCGGGCUGUUCGGCGACGACUUCGGGAACUUCCUGAGGCCGCGCAACGAGCCCCUGGUGUUCCCAGGCAAGUUCCCCACAGCCCGGCCAGGCAACAUGGGGAACAUUAAGACCCUGGGGGACACCUACCAGUUUGCCGUAGACGUCAGCGACUUCUCCCCCGAGGACAUCAUUGUCACCACCUCCAACAACCAGAUCGAGGUCCACGCCGAGAAGCUAGCCGCGGAUGGGACCGUCAUGAACACCUUCACCCACAAGUGCCAGCUGCCUGAAGACGUGAACCCCACUUCCGUCACCUCUGCCCUGGGCGUGGAUGGCACCCUCACCGUCAAAGCCAGGCGGCACCCAGCCAAACACACAGAGCAUGUCCAGCAGACCUUCCGGACUGAAAUCAAAAUCUGA